AUGGAGGAUAGUAUAAAAUUCCAAACAAUUUUGCAGGCCCAUCAUAUUCUUGUAGUGCUAGAUCUACCAGAACUAGAUCUAGAACAUGAAAGUGAUCUUGUGCUGGAUAUAUUUCCAAAAGAAUGCACCUUUACAGCUGCGCCGUAUCAUGCAAGAAUUCCUUUAUCGCAUUCUGCACAUCCCGGAAAAGCGUAUCCCGAUAGUAUAGAUUAUGAGAAAAAUACCGUGACGUUUCGUGUUCCACUGGAUGGUGAAACUAAAACUACCGACAGCGAAAUUUCAUGCUACCCUUAUGGUUUCGGUCGGCUCCAUAAUGGUCCACUGUCGUUGGAAACAAGCCAAGAGCUUAAAGUGCUUCCGGAUCCAUGCACAUACAGCUUCGCGCAACGAUGGGAAUUGAAAGAAGCAGCAGAAAAAAAUGAUUUCAAAGGUGAACAUUAUGGAAUGGAUUAUAUACAGUUUUCUAUUGACAAGUUGGGUCUUAAGCUAGAUAGCUUUCCCAUAUCGUACCAAUUAUCCGACGAUCAAUCCUACCGGGCGCGGGUGAUCUUGGACGAAAAAAUACGACAAAAGGAAGCAUACUCCUUCGUCGAAGAUCAUCGAUCAGUUUUGUUCGGUCUGAUCGAUAUACUGCUUGCGAUCGGGUACGAUCAGUUGACUAACAACAAUGAGCUAAAUGAGGCAAAUUCACACAUUAAUAUCCAUCGCAUAUCUGGUACGCUCGCGUUCUUUGUCGAGUUUGAGUGUGUGGAGCAAAUGUUACGAUCGUUCUACCGUCGUUCCUGCACAUACCCUUAUUAUAGGAACAAAGAAAUCUCCCUGGUUUGCGCACAGAACGUGAUAAGUAGUACAUCGUCCGUAGACAGACGUGCAUGGAUUCAAUUACAGUUGAUGUACGCAUAUGAUGCAUUUAAAGCCACAGACUGUGCCGUGCUGAAUCAUUUGUUUAUCAAAGAUUAUAUUCGCUAUGUGGAAUUGGGUUUAAAAGAGGAGAUUUUGAUGCAGCUCAUAGAUGAAAUGCAAAAGGCACUUCCGGACGUACACCAGGCAGCACUCGGUUUUAGUGAAGAAAAACUACUACAGAAACUGCUUAUGGACAUUAUGACGCAGGAGGAAUCCGAUACCACCGACUCAGACGAUUGCGAAUCAUCAGAAGACGAGAGUGAGGAUAGUAACAGCGACAACGAAUCUGUUACGACGCACGAAGAACCGAACCCGAAUGAAAACGUGCUAGAAAAGCUAAUGAACCUGAAGCUAUCUGGUUGA